AGAUAUUAUAUAUAACUAGAUAUAGAAAAUAAUAGAUAAAAGUCGAUGUACUUUCUCCUGUAGUCUACGUAUUGUUUCUUAAAAUUAAACUAACAUGCAUCUGAUUAUUUUAGGCGCUUUUCUGGCUGUGGCCAAUGCAGCCUCUAGAACUUGUCAUGGUGACAUUAACCACCUACAUCCUUCAGGGAAGGCGAAUGGUGGCGUGGCAGCCUCUAAUGCUGAUGUCCAGCAUGACGUCCCCGCCCUCAACCAACAUAGGAACUGUUACCAGCAGUCAGCAGACCAUAACUGUAAGUCAUACCAGCAGUCAGCAGACCAUAACUGUAUUCAGGCUUCAGUGAUCGCCGCCAUCGCCAGCAGAGAGUCCAGGGGCGGAACCCUCCUUGUUGCGACCGGUGGUUAUGGUGACUUUGGCCACGCCUGGGGAAUUAUGCAGUGUGACAUCGCCAACUCGGGUCUACCGUGUACGUCGGUGCCAUGGGACAGUUGUGCACACAUCGAGAUGCUGGUCAACAGGCUGUUGGUGCCCUAUGUCAACCAGGUCCAUAAUAAAUUUCCAAGCUGGAGCAUCGACCAGGCUCUUCAAGGUGCCGUGGCCGGCUACAACGGUGGGGUGAGCAGGGUGACGUCAUGGGCUAACGUAGAUGCCGGAACCACGGGCCACGACUACAGCAAUGACGUCAUCGCAAGGGCCAAGUGGCUCAUGGCCAACGGAUGGAACUAGAGCAUCACAGUUGACAUAACAAAUAGACAUAUUAUAGUAGACAUAUCUAGUAGACGUAACAUAGUAGACAUAUCAAGUAGACGUAUCACAGAAGACAUAUCUAGUAGACGUAUCAUAGUAGACAUAUCUAGUAGACAUAUAUAGAAGACAUAUCUAGUAGACGUAUCUAGUAGACGUAUCAUAGUAGACAUAUCUAGUAGACAUAUAUAGAAGACAUAUCUAGUAGAUGUAUCUAGUAGACGUAUCAUAGUAGACAUAUCUAGUAGACCUAUCUAGUAGACAUAUCUAGUAGACGUAUCAUAGUAGACAUAUCUAGUAGACAUAUCAUAGUAGACAUAUCUAGUAGACAUAUCUAGUAGACAUAUCUAGUAGACGUAUCAUAGUAGACAUAUCUAGUAGACAUAUCAUAGUAGACAUAUCUAGUAGACAUAUCUAGUAGACAUAUCAAGUAGACGUAUCAUAGUAGACAUAUCUAGUAGACAUAUCAUAGUAGACAUAUCUAGUAGUCAUAUCUAGUAGACAUAUCUAGUAGACAUAUCUAGUAGACAUAUCUAGUAGACGUAUCAAGUAGACAUAUCUAGUAGACGUAUCAUAGUAGACAUAUCUAGUAGACGUAUCAUAGUAGACAUAUCUAGUAGACAUAUCACAGAAGACAUAUCUAGUAGACAUAUAUAGAAAACAUAUCUAGUAGACGUAUCUAGUAGACAUAUCUAGUAGACAUAUAUAGAAGACAUAUCUAGUAGACGUAUCUAGUAGACGUAUCAUAGUAGACAUAUCUAGUAGACAUAUCAAGUAGACAUAUCUAGUAGACAUAUCUAGUAGACAUAUCAAGUAGACAUAUCUAGUAGACAUAUCAAGUAGACAUAUCUAGUAGACAUAUCUAGUAGACGUAUCAUAGUAGACAUGUCAAGUAGACAUAUCUAGUAGACAUAUCUUAUCCAACAAUAAAAAUUUCCUAUUUUCAAAAGACGAAUUUAAAAUAAUUAUUUUGUUUCGUUGUUAAAAGGUAAUGUUACUAGUACAAAUGUUACUAGUUUUUUUAAAGUCGUGUUGUUUCAAAAAAAAAUUCGUUAAGCUGCUAUCGUCGCCCCCCCCCCUCCCACAAAGCCAGAGGCGUAGCGACCCUUCCCGGCGCCCGGGGACAAACUUUCGAUUUGCAUACCCCACCUCAAGAUUUCGAUUUGCACCCCCCUCAACCUUUCAAUUUAUUUUUCCAACCCAAUUUGGCGUCCCCAAAGGUCGGCGCCCGGGGACAUAUUUUCCCCACCCCCCUCGCUACGCCUCUGCCCAAAGCCCAGCUCUGACUACUAUUUAAAUUGAUCGAGAAUUUAAAUUGGUAGUUACUAUUUGUCAAGAGAAAAUAUUUUUCUCAGUAGGUUCUUAAGAUAUCGUAUGUAUGCUUUUUCUUUUCUACAAAAAUUUGAUUUGUAACCAAAGCCAUUCAUGACCACCCUAGCUACAAUCACCACAUGGCCAUUGAAAUUACCAUUGUCACACCACCAUAUCAAUUACAAACGCUACCGCUGUAUUAUAUUCCCCACAACCACUGCCAAACGAAGUUACCGAUACGAUCACCACACAACCAUCACAACCACCCUCACCACAAAACCAUUCCAGUGACAACAAUAUCCACACAACCAUCACAAUCACCAUCACCACAAAAUCAUCACAACCACCAUCACCACACAACCAUCACAACCACCCUCACCACACAACCAUCACAGCCACCCUCACCACACAACCAUCACAACCACCAUCACCACACAACCAUCACAACCACCAUCGCAACACAACCAUCACAACCACCAUCACCACACAACCAUCACAACCACUAUCACCACACAACCAUUCCAGUGCCAACAAUAGUCACACUAUCUUCCUAACAACCAUCGCAGCACUAAUUAAAUAUCCAUGUCCAACAUAUGAUUAUUAUACUAAAAUUAUCUUAUAUUUAACAGGUUUUUGGAUUAAAGUAAAUUAUUGUUUUAUUUAAAAAGA